AUGAAUGGACGCAUGUCCCGUUUGAGGAGAUCACUAUCGAGAUCGGUUCAUCAGCUCAAUUCGGUGAUCCCAUUGGGUAGACAGCCGACCGCAAACGAGCUUCCCGAAGCCCCGUUUACCAUUGAUCAAUCUAUUUUGGUUGAGCGAUUUGCUAGUCCUCAAGCUUUCGGACAAAUCUCUGAAAUCGUCACGAAAAACAAUGACGCACUACGAGAAAUCAUCUCAAUUUUUGAAGAAAAAGUUGCUAUGGAUUUCACCUAUGCGAAAACCCUGCACAAAUUGUCUGCUCGUUUGCAGAAGGUCUCAGCUGAUGCACAAUGUGAAGUGGACAAGGGAUGGACAAGUGUAGCCGAUCAAUUCACCGCUCAUGCCACCCUGCACAGUAAUCUGGGAUCGGCUUUGAAUGAUGACCUCGUUCAACCACUUCGAUCAAUUCAAACCACACAGCAACGGACGAUCAGAACGGCUAUUGCAUUGGCUGAAAAGGAGACGAAGAAAUGGCGGGAUAAAAAGGAAGAACUCGGAAAAUCCAAGCGCUCUCUAUAUGUUGUAAGCAAAGAACUCGAGAAAAUCGAACAACUCAUCGAUGCUGAUGCAAAUAUGGCUAAUAAGUUCUCGUUGCGAAGGAAAAAGUUGCGCGAAACGGUUCACAAAGGAGAGGAUGAUUAUCUUUUUACGACAAUUGAUCUAGAAGGACAGAGAAGAAUAACAUAUUCGGUUUUGAAAAAAGCUGUGGAAAAUGUGGAAGCAGUGGAAAGACAGCGAUUAGCACAUGCACAGACAGCUCUGGGACGAGUGCAGAGAAAAAUGGAACAGUUGGCUCCGAAUUUACAACAAAUGUUUGAGCGAUAUGCGAAUGAGCUGGAUGUGGCGGUUGGAUGCGACGCUCCCGCGCAUAUCGCUUCACUUCAGCCCGCUUCCACAGCCGUUCACAAUGUCACUCUUGUCGAUUAUUUUGUGAGUUUUGAU